GCGCCGUAAAUAAUCCGAGCAUGAGUUAGUUUUUCCCAUGCUUUGAUUUGCCUCAUGAAUUAAAUUUUCCUUUGCUUUGGUUUACUUAUAGCCACAAUAUUGUGGCUGGGUUGAUCUGAAAUGGUUUCCAACAUUUUUCAGUUUUGGGUUGCUACGAGUUUACCUUCCCGAGUCCUGGCCCUAUGACCGAUAAUGGUGUACUGUCAAUUGGGUGAUCUUCAGUCGAAUGGGUCACGUGUUGCUUCUUAUCAGCUGUUUUUUAUUGUCUGCUUGAAGCAACAUUUGUGAACUGGUAAUAAAUUGGACAAUACAAUGACCUUCUUUCCAGGAUCUCAAUUCACUGUCGUACUGUGUUUACAUUUGGAUAUGGAGAAGCACCAGAACUAGCUAUGCUUACCCACAAGGGUAAUCGCCCCCUAUAUAUUUAUGCUUCCUUCAGAGUGUUUUUUUUUUUUUGUUAAUUGAUUUUCUCAACUGAAAUGUUGCAUUUUACAGGUUUGGGGCAAGGCAACUUUGGUAAUAAUCCAAUACUUAUUCUUACAAUGAAUUUAAACGUGGGCUUGAACUGUACAAGGCAAUUUUGGUAAUAAUAAACAGUAGUUUCCAAGGCUGGUAUUGUAGUUUACUUUGUCAUUGUCAUGUAGUUUAUUCAAGCUGGUAAUUUUUUCAAGACUGCUGCUGUAGCAUACUGUGUAAAUUUUUAUCAGUGGGUAUAUUGCACUGGUUUCAUCAUGGGAGGUCUUAGUCUGUGUUCUUUUGCUUAUGUAUUAUUUGAAUCGGAUUUAAAAUUGGGGUAAUCUUUUGAAUGGAUGUGUUGCAUAUAUGUGCAGGUGAUGCUUGGCUGCGAUGAACCGGAACCUGGAGUAACUGUAAUGUAGCUGCCGGGGAGGUGAAGGCUGUUACUUUAUGUUUUCUACUCUUGGUUUGGUUACUUUAUGAUUGAUUAUGUCAUGGACCGCUUCUUCCCUAAAUGUAACUUUUUAGUUACUGAACCGAAACUAACUACUGUAACUUUUUAGUUACUGCGGCGUUGCGUAGCCGCAACAGGUAUUGAUUCUAGUAGGGAUUUAAUAAGAGGGGGGAGUUUGAUUUGACUUUUGAGGCCAUGCUUAUCCACCUUCCCCAUUUGGCAUCAGGCUUCUAUCAAGGUAUAUUAGAAAAGGACCUGGAAAUUAUACUCUGCUCGUUCAUUUUUAUAAGGUUAGUUCUCCACUUCUCCUACUUUGUUCUGUUGUUUUCUUGUGACCUCAAAUUAAAGUAUCUAUCUAGCCUGCACAGCCGGCAAUGAUCAAUUUCCUACCCAAAAUAACCAAUUUGUAAUCUUCUUUCUACAAACAAAACAGCUAAAUCGAAGUGGAUAUCUAGGGAACUCCGAUGUACCUGCGGUGUCGUUUGACAGCCACCUUUUUUGUACAACCCCAUUUCUCAAUCCCAUCGAUGGCCAUGCUGAUUCCUGUCAGCAUUUGGCUAUAGGAUGCAUAUGCUUUGUUCUAUACCUAAUCCAAAAGAUGGUAUAAGUCUUCAGCUAGAUAUGAAUGAAUUUCUUACUCUGUUUCUGUAGGCCAAAACAGAGCAAAAAUGACUAAUAAGUCAUCCUGUUUAGUUUCGGCAAUCGUCUCUGUUCUCCUAGUUCAGCUUCUCUUCUCUACCUCCGGUUCAUUGCAGCCACUCGCCUUUGACGAUUCAUCAGUCUACGAGACAUUUCUUCAGUGCCUUGAAUCUUACUUAAGCCCACAUGACCAAAUCUCAAACCUCGUCUUCACCUCAACCAAUUCCUCCUACACCUCAGUCUUACAAGCCUACAAGCGGAACGCCAGGUUCAAUUCUGACCUCAAACCUCUAAUCAUCGUCACGCCUACAAGCAUCCCCCACGUCCAGUACGCCGUGCUCUGCACAAGAAGGAUCGGUUACCGGCUUAGAAUCCGAAGCGGCGGCCAUGAUUUCGAGGGGCUUUCCUACGUCUCCGAUUCACCAUUCUUCCUCAUCGACAUGUCCAAUCUGCGUUCGAUUGAGGUCAAUAUCGAGACGAAUUCGGCCUGGGUUCAGUCUGGUGCUAUUCUAGGCGAAGUGUACUACGCAAUCUGGGAAAAGAGUAAAGUUCACGGCUUUCCCGCCGGAGUAUGCCCCACGGUGGCAGUCGGCGGUCACUUCAGCGGCGGUGGGUACGGCAACAUGAUGAGGAAGUUCGGGUUGUCGGUGGACCACAUCGUUGAUGCUCAGAUCGUCGAUGCGAGCGGAGACCUUCUCGAUCGGAAAUCCAUGGGGGAAGGCCUCUUCUGGGCGAUCCGCGGUGGCGGCGGAGCCAGUUUUGGCAUCGUCAUUUCUUAUAAGAUCGAGCUAGUCGAGGUCCCAGAAACCGUCACCGUUUUCCAGGUGGAGAGCAAUCCCGAUGAGGGUUUGGCGGAUUUUGUCUACCGGUGGCAGUUUGUUGCUCCGACCACUAGCAAUGAUCUGUUCAUGAGGCUGCACUUCUCUCACCCUAAAACAACGCAAUUGGAACAGGGGAGCAAUGGUACUGCCUCCUUUCAGGUGUCCAUUCAGGCACUGUACCUGGGGAAAGCUGAUGAUGUGGUUUCCUUAUUGAGCAAGGAUUUCCCUGAACUGGGUCUGAAGAGGCAGGAUUGUACGGAAAUGAGCUGGAUUGAGUCAGUGUUGUGGUAUGGAAGUCUGAACUAUCGGAGUUCUCCAAAGGUACUGCUCGAUAGGAAAGUGGUUCGAUCCCCCAAUGACACGAAUUCGGCCAAGAGGAAAUCGGAUUUCGUGGUGAAUCCGGUGAGCAGAGAAGGGUUAGGCGACAUUUUGAAGCGGGUGGCUGGGCAAUUGCAAUUCAGCAUGACGUUUAGUCCAUACGGCGGAGAAAUGAGUGAGAUUCCGACUUCGAGCAGUCCAUUUCCACAUCGAGCUGGGAACUUGUACAAGAUCGAGUAUGUGGGGAACUGGAACGAAGCAGGGGAGAAGGCUGAGAGAGCUGUGAUGACCCAGUUGAGAAGGAUGUACAGUUUUAUGGCUCCGUACGUGUCGAAGAACCCCAGAAGAGCGUAUUUGAACUACAGGGAUCUUGAUAUUGGGAAGAUGAGUCAUGGCAAAGGAUACCGUAGCUAUGAAGAAGGGAAAGUGUAUGGGAUGAAGUACUUCCAUGGAAAUUUUGAUAGAUUGGUGAAGGUGAAAACUGAAGUUGACCCUGCUAACUUCUUUAGGGAUGAGCAGAGCAUUCCAACUCUUCCCAUGAAGCUUUGAUGUUGAAUUGUACGAUUUCUGUUUCUAAGAAGCAUCUUGGUAGUGUGCAUUUGCUUUGUGAGAAGAUGGUGACAUAGACUAGUUGAAUUCAUUUAAAUGAUUCUGUAAGUUGCUACGGUAUUGGAAUUAGCAAUCAAUGUCCUAUCUUCUUGUCAUCCACAAGAAAGAAUCAAAGAAAAUGAAAGAUAUUUGCUUGUUUAAUCGAGAAAAGAUAAAACCUUGAAAUAAUUAAGUGUUUGUAACGUUGCUAAGCAAUAAGCAAUUGGGAUGUGA